CCCCGUGGGGCUUUUGUGUGUGUUUGUGGUUCUAGCGCUCAGCCUCUGACCCUUCCCCUGCCCACCGUGGGGACCAGUUACACUGCACAGCCCACUCCCGGCAUGCGCCCAGCCGCAAACCCCGCCUUUGCCCCAGCUGCUCUGGCGGGGUACAGCGGGCAUCAGCCCCACUCCAGCCAGGACUUCCCCUACCACAGCCAACCCCAGGAGCCCAUCCCUGCGGCCAUCACUGUGGCGCCCUGCCAGGACAAUUACAGCUACCAACAGUCCACGGCUUCCAGGAGCUACGAGGAAAGGCCAUACUUCCAGCCUCCUGCCCCCCAGCCUGGGCGCACGACAGCUGCAGCCUCCUGCCAGCCAGGGACCCAAGAGGCCUGUGGGCAGCCCGGCCCCCACGGCGGUCACAGCCACGCUCAGCCCCCACGACAGGCGCCCAUGGUGGAGGCUGGGCAGCCAGCGAGCGCCUUGUCCUCAGGCUACACCUGCCCCACGGAGACAGGCAUCCAGCCCGAGGCCGCGGCAUCCCUCGUGACCUCCUACCCCCUGCCCUCCUACGAUGCCACCUGCACCCCCUACACGGGACCAAGCUGCCCAAGCUGUGACGCCUCGGUGUACUCCACCGCAGCGCAGCCUGCGUCUCCCCCGGGAACCCCACAGCAGCUGCUCCUGCUGCCCACGCCUGUGGGCUCAGGAAGCAGCCCCAGAGCUGCCCCAAAGCUACCACUUCCCAGCAAGCUGCCAACACCCAAGGCAGGGCCCAGGCAGCUCCAGCUUCACUACUGCGACAUCUGCAAGAUCAGCUGCGCAGGCCCCCAGACCUACCGGGAGCAUCUGGGAGGGCAGAAGCACAGAAAGAAGGAGGUGGCCCAGAAGACAGGCGUGCAGCCCAACGGCAGCCCGCGGGGGGUGCAGGCGCAGCUCCACUGUGACCUGUGCUCCGUGUCCUGCACCAGGGCAGACGCCUACGCGGCCCACAACCGGGGAGCCAAGCACCAGAAGGUCUUCAAGCUGCACACCAAACUGGGGAAGCCCAUUCCCACGCUUGAGCCUGCCGGGGCCACGGAGAGUCCCCCUGGGGCUGAAGCCAAGGCCAUGCCCCUCACCAGCCCCAGUGUGUGUGCCCCGAGCAGACCAGCGCUGGCCAGGAUACCUGUGGCCUCAAAGGCCUCAUGCAAGGGGCCUCCUGAGCCGCAGGCAGCAGCCUGCAGACCCCAGUGGGAGAAACCAACCCCACCCAAAUCAGAGGGUCCCGGAGCCCCCACCCGAGGAUACUCGGAGGAAGCUCCCCAGGGCUGCUCUGAUGCGCAGCCGGUGGGGCCGGAAUAUGUGGAGGAGGUGUGCAGUGAGGAAGGGCGAGUGCUUCGCUUCCAUUGCAGGCUGUGCCAGUGCUGUUUCAACGACCUUAACGCCAAGGACCUGCACGUGAUGGGGCGGCGGCACCGGCUGCAGUACCGGAAGCAAGUGAACCCCGACCUUCCCAUCACCACAGAGCCCAGCAGCCGUGCUCGGAGUCUCCUGGAAGAACGGAUAAGGAAGCAGCGGCGCCUGGCGGAGGAGCGGCUGGAGGAGCUGCGGUGCUGGCAGGCGGAGAGGAGGUGCCCGGCUGCGGGUCUUGGCAAGGGGGCGGCUGGAGGAGGAGCCACUGCUCCCGGACCAGCAGUCCCAUGUGCUGUCACACACGUCACCCGACUGGCCCCCGCCUCUGCUCGAGGGCAGGCCAGGCCACCUGCCAGUGCCCCAUUCCUGCCCGGGCGGCAGCCAGCAUCCACUGAGGACCGGCAAGUCAUGUGCAGGCAUGCCGCAAUCUACCCCACGGAGCAGGAGCUCCUGGCCGUGUCCCACGCCGAGCGGGCCCUCAAGCUGGUGUCUGACACACUGGCCGAGGAGGACCACGGGCACCGAGAGGAAGACGGCAGCACGUGCAGCAGCGUGGCCCCCCACGCUCAGGUCCUGAAAGGAGUCAUGCGGGUAGGCAUCCUGGCAAAGGGCCUCCUCCUGCGUGGGGACAGGAACGUGCGUCUCGCUCUGCUCUGCCCCGUGAAGCCCACGCACAGCCUGCUGCGGAAGAUCGCUCAGCAGCUGCCCCGGCAGCUCCAGGAGGUGACCGAGGAUGAGUAUGAGGUCCCCUCCGACCCCGAAGCCAACAUUGUCAUCUCCUCCUGCGAGGAGCCCAGGAUGCACGUCACCGUAUCCGUCACCUCACCCCUGAUGCGGGAGGACCCCUCCACGGACCCAGAAGGUGUGGAGGAGCCACAGGCUGACCCAGGUGACGUCCUGAGCCGGGAGAGGUGCCUGGAGUCCCUGGCCGCCCUCCGUCAUGCCAGGUGGUUUCAGGCUCGAGCCAGCGGCCUGCAGCCAUGUGUGAUCGUCAUCAGGGUCCUGCGAGACCUCUGCUGGUGCAUGCCCACCUGGAGGGCCCUGCCAGCCUGGGCCAUGGAGCUGCUGGUGGAGAAGGCCGUGAGCACUGCAGCUGGGCCCCUGGUCCCCGGGGACGCAGUGAGGUGGGUCCUGGAGUGCGUGGCCACAGGGACGCUCCUGCCAGACGGCCCCGGGCUCCAGGAUCCCUGCGAGAGAGACCAGACAGACGCCCUCGAGCCCAUGACCCCCCAGGAGCGGGAGGACGUGACCGCCAGCGCCCAGCACGCCCUGCGAAUGCUGGCCUUCCGGCAGACACACAAAGUCCUGGGCAUGGAUCUCCUGCCGCCCAGACCCCGGCUCAGGGCCCGCCUCUGGAAGAGGCAGCGGGGGCCAGAGGCCGAGAAGGGUGCAGGGGAGAGGAAGAGGGGCCGGAGGGGCAGAGAGGGCCGAGAGGGGCUCAUAUGAGCCGCCUGCCCCCGCUACCUGCCUGCCUUCGCACCCCUGCACUCCUGGACACAUGGACGCCGACCAACGGCUGUUUCGUCCCCGACGUUGGACAACCGUAGUUCCUUUGAGUAAUACUCC